GCUUUUUCAUGUUGGCCAGAAUUGAUGGCUGAACAUGCUGAGAAGUUUCUGUCUCUGUACAGAGCCGACAUGGAGGCAGCUCUUCAGGUCCAGUCGAUCGAUUCCUGGAAUAGCUUCCCACUAUUUCAGCUCUUCAACAAUUUUCUACGAACAGACCCUCACUUGUGCAAUGGGAUGUUCCACAAACACCUCCAAGACCUGUACAUCCCACUGGUGGUACGAUACAUUGAUCUAAUGGAGUUGGCCAUUGCUCAAUCAAUCCACCGCAGCUUCCAGAAGGAAACCUGGCAGCCUGUCAACAAUGGUUCAGCAACCUCAGAGGAUUUGUUCUGGAAGCUGAACACUCUACAAAUGUUUGUGAUGGACCUUCACUGGCCAGAACCAGAGUUUGCAAAGCAUCUGGAGCAAAGACUCAAACUGAUGGCCAGUGACAUGAUGGAGGCCUGCGUCAAAAGAACAAAAUCUGCAUUUGAUGCCAAAAUGCAGAAAGUGUGUAAGUCAACAGACUUCCUUCUACCACUGUCAGUUUGCACCAUGUUCAACGUGCUGAUUGAUGCCAAAAACCAAUGCUCCAAACUCUGUGUGCUGGACAGCGAACAGGAGAUUGACGGACAGUGGCAACAGUACCACUCCAAAAUUGAUGUUUUGAUUGACGAGGCAUUAAAGGACAUUAUUACAUCACUCGUGUCAAAGUUUGCUGCUGUUUUAAACGGUGUCCUCUCCAAGCUCUCAAGAUAUGAUGAAGGGACAUUCUUCUCUUCAGUCCUGUCUUUCACAAAACCAAGGAUGGAUCUGGCUGACACUUACACUAGUUUUGUACGACAGAACCAGGACAUUCUGCACCGUGGUGUCAGUGAUGAGCUCUACAUUGAGACCGUAUUUGAUCAAUGGUACACUGACUCCAUGAGGGCGAUAUGUGUUUGGCUCACUGACAGACUGGACCUGCAGCUGCACAUGUAUCAGCUGAAAACACUCAUCAACAUUGUUAAGAAGACCUAUCAUGACUUCAGGUUGCAGGGAGUCCAGGACAGCACACUGAACAUCAAAAGCUAUGAAACCAUCUACAACAGGCUGACGAUGGAGGAGGCUACUGUGGCUGUCAAGGCAGGUGAUGGCCUACGGGGCAUCAGCACGAGAGACAGUGAUGUAGAGGAUGACUAAACACACAUCUGCACACAACCGGUUACUGCUUGAUUAUCACCCUUUGUAAUGGACAUUCGAUUGCAGUCUGUGACACACUACUACGCUUCACUAAGUAGUUCACACAAAGCUGAAAGAAUAGUUAACAGAUUUUUUUUUUCUUGUACUGUGGCUGAAGUAUUGCUGCGGUGUUUCAACAAAGACAAGUUAUCAAUUAGUGCUAGAUUGCAUUGGCCAGAGAGAUGCUCUAUUCUGCUGUAGUUGUUUUGCUAACAGCUCAUCAACAACUGUUGACGCUCUUGGCAUUCAGAAACCUCUAAGUUUUGGUUGUACAUCUCCAUGGUAUUUUCUCCACUGUUUCAGUUCUUGUCUGAUUUACAAUUAUAUACAAUUUAUUUCUAUAACAUAGUGAUGCACAACAUGUGCACAUAUGUUAGAAUUCUUGAAAUCAGUAAAUAAAAAGACAUAAAUCUAAAGUAAAUGUAGUGAGAUGCAGUGUUUUUUUUCUGAAAUGUAAUAAGGUACAAAAGGGGUCAAAUGGGUCAAAAAUUAGAUGUACAAAUAGACUCAAGGUCAGCUGGAGUUUUCAAUGGUGGUUUGAGGGAAAGUAUCUCAAAAUUUUUAAUCCUUUUGAGUCACACCAGGUGAUAACGUACCAAACUUUCUAUAUUAAUAAUUUGCAAAUUUGGCAUAUGGAGGGGAGGGCUAAACACAAAAAAUACCUAAUGAGAGCUUAUCAUUUCCUUAUAGCUAAAAAUUGGUUACUGAUUCCCCCGUUUCCACUACAUAGCCAAGUUUGAAACUAUGGAGCUUUUUAGCCACUACUGAUGAACCAUCCUGGUAGGUAUAGUUCACUGCAGGUAGCUGUACUAUAUAGUGUUUAUAUGUUAUAUAGAGUUUACACACAUUCACACAAAUAUGCAAUAUGAGAUGCUAUGAGUGUUUUCCAGUCCACCUCAUGAUAGAGCUAACAACACAAUAACCAGUCGUAGUAAAGGAGGUGAGUAGUCUUACUUCAUUAUAGGGGUGACUGUAGGCAAGGAGGUACAGUCACCCAAUUGGAAGUAUGGUGGUUCCAUCCCUGGCUACUCUAGCCCAGCGGUCCCCAACCCCCGGGCCUCAGACUGAUACCGGUCCGUGAGUCGUUUGGUACCGGGCCGCGAGAGUUGAGGCUCAGGUGUGAAAUGUAUGG